CUCGGGGCUGACGGCUGCGUGCGGAACUGCGAAGCUUGGGCGUUUUGCUUUUUUCCUUUUCUGUUCGCAUUUUGGCUUUGAAAGCCCGAGGCUCCUGCCUGGAGCUCUGGAAAUCGAAGCGUUAGCGCGGGACUUCCGGGCGGAUCGCCGGGAUUGUGAGCCACCGAGCGCUCGGACCUUUGCGGAUGCUGCUCUCCGGCCAUGGCGAGAUGCUGGGUCUGCGCGGCCGGGGUCGCCCUGUUUUUCGCCUCUCUGGUGCUGCACUCGCAUUUCUGUGGCCCUGCGGUUUUAAAGAAACGCCCUUUUCUAAAGUGGAGUACGGAGAAAAUGCUUUAUCGCUUGGAUUUGGGUUGGCCUAGGUUUUCAGAAUCCUUCACCGGCGUGACAUUUUGUGUUGCAGUUGAUUCCCUCAACGGGUUGGUUUACGUGGCCCAAAGAGGGGAUAACAUACCAAAAGUAUUAGUGUUCACAGAGGACGGAUAUUUACUACGAUCUUGGAAUCACACAGUUGACACACCUCAUGGUAUGUUCGCAUCCAGCACACCACUCGAACAAUCCGUCUGGAUCACGGAUGUAGGAAGUGGAUCCUAUGGUCAUACUGUUAAAAAAUACAAUUCCUUUGGUGAUCUCGUUCAAGUUUUGGGUACUCCAGGCAAAAAAGGCACGGCUUUGAAUCCCCUGCAGUUUGAUAACCCUGCAGAACUGUAUGUGGAGGACACAGAAGAUAUUUACAUUGUGGAUGGGGAUGGAGGAUUAAAUAACAGAUUGAUCAAACUGUCCCAAAAUUUCAUGAUCCUUUGGCUGCGUGGAGAAAAUGGAACAGGACCUGCUAAGUUCAACAUUCCUCACAGUGUUACACUUGAUUCAGUUGGUCGGGUAAAAAUGUACUGUCUUUAUAUUUGGGAAAGAGAGAGUGUGGGGGUAAUGAAGGCAGAUGUGGCAGCCACGCCAUCGUCUUUGGGCAAUGACAUGAACGGGGAGGAUGCUAACGCCAAGUGA